AAUGCAAAGGGUGGAAAAAAGGAAAACGAGAAGUCAUUAGAGCAUCCAAUCCAUAAAAAUUUGGAUUUUGCUAGUGAUUCAAGUGAACAGGUGGUAUGAUGAGUGCUCACUGGAUGUAAAUCCAAUAAACGGUGGGUGAAGAGGAAAGAGAAUGAAGCAGGAGGGACAAAUCAGAAAUCCUGAGAUUCAAAUCAAGCAAUGAGCUAUGCCAGCAAACAAGCUUCGCGAGACGAUGGUACAACAGUGACAACAAACAGUAGUUAUAUUAUCUUGUGCUUUGGGAGAUGAGAGACUGGACUGGCGGGUGAUUCUCAUGGCGGGAAAUUAAAAAGAUCGCGCGCAUCUUAGAGCCGCCGAAUGCCCCCCGACGCAACUGACAAUGGGCUCUGAGGCGAUCCUUCUUCCCAAAUGGGCAUCCCAGCCUUGCAUCAUGGGAAUCGACGAAGCUGGCCGGGGACCCGUUUUAGGACCCAUGGUGUAUGGAUGCUUGUACUGUCCACGCUCAUAUCAGAAGACCCUCGCAACGUUGAGUUUUGCUGAUUCUAAGACACUAAAAGAAGAGAAAAGGGAAGAAUUAUUUGAUAAUCUAAAGGGAAAUGAAUCAAUUGGAUGGGCAGUUGAUGUCUUGGACCCAAGGGAACUCUCUGCUAAAAUGUUGAAGAGGAAUAAGAUAAACCUGAAUGAGAUAUCGCAUCAAUCUGCUAUGGGCUUGAUUGAUAGAGUACUGAAGAUGGGAGUUCUUCUGACUGAGGUUUAUAUAGAUACAGUUGGAGACCCAGAAAAAUAUGAAAGGAUGCUGUCUAAAAAUUUUCCAUCUAUCAAAUUUGUGGUUGCAAAGAAGGCUGAUAGUCUCUAUCCUGUUGUGAGUGGUGCCAGCAUAGUUGCAAAGGUCACAAGAGACCGAGCUUUGCGGGAAUGGGUGCUUGAUGAGACUGCUGAAAACAUGCAUAGGAACUUUGGUUCUGGAUAUCCUGGAGACCCCCAAACAAAAUCGUGGUUAGAACAACACAAACAUUCUGUCUUUGGAUUCCCAACACUGGUCAGAUUCAGUUGGGGAACCUGCACUACAUAUUUUAAGGAUGUGGUGGAAGUCUUAUGGGAAUCUGAUAAAAUGGAUGAAGGGGAAGGUAGUAGUAACAGUGGCAAGCGGCAAUUGAAAUUGAGAAAUGUAGGUUUCACCACAGCCAAGAGAAAAAGCGAAGAAAUAGAAUCAAAUGGCAAAGGUCGCAGCCGGUUUUUCCAGACUCGGAAGCUUGAAAUUGUUUCUGAUUUCUAAUUCUAAUUUUGAUAUUUAAUUCCCUGUAACAUUUUAGAAAUUUGAAAUUUCUUAGUUAAGUUAUAUGAAGCAUGUAGCAAGUUCAGAGAUUUUCCGAACGGACACUUUGUAAAUCAUCAGAUUCAUCCUGAUUAGAUUUUAUAUUCGUUUCGUGUAAUUUGUGAGCUGAUUAAGCGACAUAGCUUAUAUAAAAUGUACUUCACUGCAUUGAAAGUUAUAUUCGAUCA